AUCAGCAUGCACUUUCGGUUUUAGUCUAUACAUCUCUCUGGCUGUUCAACAUAGACAAUGAGCAAAAAGGAAUGGAUUUCACACUUGAAAAAAGUGAAAGAAGUGUCUGGGAGACCUUUAUAUUCAAAUGUCAUUUUUGGCUUUUUGAUGUUGGGCCUUGAAAAACUCGUAGAGAUGGAAUUUGCAUGCCCUUGUCAUCUAAAGUUUAAUCUGAUUUUCUCUGUUGCCUAUUUUCUGUGUCCUGCUCUGUUCUCUUUCUCACUCAUGUUUUAUAUUCAACGCCCUCUAUGCAACAAAAAGGAUUCAAACUGUCUGCUGUCCACUGCAACUUGUAUCACACCAGCCAUUGUAUGGGUCAUGUUGCUGUUUUUUGAUGGACAAUACCUUGCCUGUGCAAGAACCUCCUGGGAAGGACUGACAGUUCACACUGACAUAGCUGCUUCAACGACCUGGUGCAAGCCUUUGAAUAAACCUGAUAACAUCACAGAAAAACAAAUGGAAUUUUUUAACUUUCGAAAUAUUUCUCAGGCAGUGGGACUGGCCAUACUGGUCAUGAGCUCUCUGAUAAUAUUAUGUUGUGGAUGUAAGGGGUGUACCUGUAAAUCAGCAAGAACAGAAAAACCUGAAGCUGAACGAGUGGAAAUGGGGGAUCCUGAUUCAAGUCCAACACCCCCUCCUGAUAGAGCUUCGUUAAUGGAGGAUCAAGCAUCAGCUGAAUCUGAAAAGCUCUAAAGAAAGCAGCUUUAGAUUACAGUUUUUCUCUGUCGAUUUUAUAAAUUUCUCUAAGCUAUAAUCAGUGCUCUCAAAACAAUUCCUUCCUUUACCCACUCUACCUCUUCUCAUUUUGCAACUCUUCUUCAUGUUGUUCUUCCUCUUCAUCUUCUACUUCUUCCUCAUUGUUUGUUUGCUCUAAAUUUUCAUAUUUGACCCCUUUUAUAGAUAGCAAAGUCAUGAUAGUUGUGUGAAAAAUGUAGUAAAUUGCAUUUUCUUUGCUGUGUGCAUUACUAACACAGUAGAUAUCAAUAUGAAGGCAUUUGACAUUCUGACGUGCAUUUGAGAGUAUGACUUUAAUUUAGUUGUUUGUGUUAACUUUUUUAAAAGCAUGAAUUUUAGAUCAGAGAAAUUUGUAUGUAGUGUUUCGAGAAAAUUAGGAAAAUCAAGAAAAAUGCACAAUCUGUUUAGGACAAUUACAAAGUGUUCAGAUGUCUGUGUUAACUGUAUUGAGAGCAGUGACCUGAGUUUAGAGAAAAUUGAUUGAGAAAAACUGUAAAUGGUAGCUUUGUUUAAGACAGAACUUCUAAACCAUUUCUUAAGUUUAAUAGCUUUGCCAUUUUCUCAUUCAACUACACCUUUCAUUUGUUUCUCUGACGAUUUAAGUAUGUUAUGAACAGAAUACAAAACCACAUCCUGUCAUUCAGUGCAGUGCAUUUUGUAACUUGUUUUGCACAGUUGUCACAUAUGCUUUCUGCUAUGCUAUGGCACUUUUGCAUUUGCCUUAGAUGUUUGUUAGCUAAUGAAAUUACAGACUGCAAUUUAUUUCUGUCACUUUUUGUUUCAUUUUUGACCUUCAGUUCUUAAAAGUAGAGUGGUGGUGGUAUAGUGAGCUAAAGCACAUAACUGGUGAGCAGAAAGUUGCUGGUUCAAUCCCCACAGCCAGCACCAUUGUGUCCUUGAGCAAGACAGUUAACUCCAGGUUGCUCCAGGGGGAUUGUCCCUGUAAUAAGUGCACUGUAAGUUGCUUUGGAUAAAAGCCUCUGCUAAAUGCAUAAAUGUAAAUCAAAUGUAAAAGAUUAAAGUUUGCAACCAUAUAAUUCAGUUUCAUUAAUUACCAACAACUCAGAAACUAUUUUCUAUGUAUACUUUUACAAUGUGCUGUCAUGUGUGUUUUGUUGAUUCAUGUCUUUUAUUUUGAAAUGUUUAGUUCCUGUUUCCCUUGUCAUGUGAUUCCUGUUUUCCCUCCAUGUUCAUGUGUCAUGUUUUCAUUGGUUUAUUGUUUAAUUAGCUCAUUAUGAGUUCUGUUUGUUCAUUGGUUUAUGUUCUCCCAUGUCUUGUAUUUAAGCUCUAAUGUUUGCAUUGUCUAGUUGUCAAGUAGUGAAAGCAUGUGGAUGUGUUUUGUGCUAUGUAGUCAAGUUUAGCCAAGUUGUUUAUGUUUGUUUUGUUUAGUCAUCGUGUUUGGAUUAUUGCCCU